AUGGGCCAAUUUCACGAUGCCCUCUACCUUGGAGAUUUGAGAGAGCGUGUUAAGAUCCUGGAGGGUGCUGGGCAUUUGCCUCUUGCUUAUAUCACUGCCUCCAUUCACGGUUUGCAUGACAUUGCUGAGCGUCUGGCAGCUGAAUUAGGAGACAACGUUCCCUCUUUGCCCGUGGAUAAAACUCCAUCACUUCUAAUUCCACCUCUCCCUGUCAUGGGUGGUGGUGAUUGGCCUCUUCUGAGAGUCAUGAAAGGAGUAUUUGAAGGAGGGCUAGAGAGCGUUGGAAGAGGGGCUGUUGAUGAAGAAGAAGACGGUGAAGGAGAUUGGGGCGAGGAGCUUGAUGUGGAUGAUGUUGACGGAUUACAGAAUGGGGAUGUGGAGGCAAUUAUGGAUGAUGCAGAAGCUGAGGGAGAGAACGAGGAGGAAGGUGGAUGGGAACUUGAAGACCUUGAACUCCCACCAGAGCUUGAAAUACCGAAGUUAUCUGCUAAUGCACGUUGUGCAGUCUUUGUGGCACCGACUCCAGGCAUGCCCGUAAGUCAAAUAUGGACCCAGAAAUCAUCUCUUGCCGCUGAGCAUGCGGCAGCUGGGAGCUUUGAUACCGCAAUGCGGUUGCUGAACAGACAGCUCGGCAUAAAGAAUUUUAUGCCCUUGAAAUCCAUGUUUCUCGAUCUUUUCUCGGGCAGCCACAGCUAUCUGCGUGCCUUUUCUUCGUCUCCAGUGGUUUCCCUUGCCAUCGAGCGUGGGUGGAAUGAGUCUGCUAGUCCCAAUGUCCGUGGCCCACCAGCCCUUGUUUACAGUUUCUCUCAGCUUGAAGAGAAGCUCAAGGCCGGUUACAAAUCUACCACUGCAGGAAAGUUCACCGAGGCUCUACGUGUUUUCCUAUCCAUCCUCCACACCAUCCCACUCGUAGUAGUCGAAUCAAGGAGAGAAGUUGAUGAGGUCAAGGAACUUAUCAUUAUCGUUAAGGAAUACGUUCUUGGUCUGCAAAUGGAACUCAAGAGGAGGGAGAUGAGAGAUGACCCAAUACGGCAACAGGAGCUGGCGGCAUAUUUCACACACUGCAACCUACAAACCCCUCACCUAAGGCUCGCCCUUCUCAGCGCAAUGAGUGUCUCCUACAAGGCCAAGAACCUGGCUACAGCUUCGACUUUCGCGAGGAGGUUACUAGAGACAAACCCGACAGUGGAGAGCCAGGCCAAGAUGGCGAGGCAAGUCGUGCAGGCGGCGGAACGCAACAUGACGGAUGCGACCCAGUUGAACUACGAUUUCAGAAACCCUUUCGUGGUAUGUGGAGCCACAUAUGUGCCGAUCUACAGGGGACAGAAGGACGUGUCGUGUCCGUACUGCACGGCUCGGUUCGUGCCAAGCCAGGACGGGAAGCUCUGUACUGUGUGUGAUCUGGCAGUCGUCGGGGCUGACGCUUCUGGUUUGGUAUGCUCUCCUUCUCAAGUCCGGUGA